UGUACAGACUAGAAAGUGAAAACAAAUUACUCCGCAACAAUUAUAAAUAAAUGAAAGGGUAGGGGAAAGAGAGAAGUCUUGAUUGACUCUUGAGCCUACCUGGUGUUCAGUUGGAAUCCAUUUGGGUGGGUGGCAAAGUGAGUCGUCUUGUCCUCAAAUUCCACAAACCACCAAUACCCCAAUACCACCUUCUUCUCAUUCUGUUUUUGAAUUUUGUAGUGAAAAAUCUAGUCUUGGAACUCUGAAUCUGGUUCUUGAGCUAGGUUGGCUUGGGAACUGAGAUGGGUAUUCCUUGAAUUUGAAUUCUGAUUGGUUUCGAGCAGAGAAGAAGAAGAAGAAGAGAAAAAUGGGUUGGAAAAGCAGGGGAUUUGAUUCCACCCCAAAGAGUGUUGUUUCAAGAAAAUUAACAAUCUUGCUCUGUGUUGGAUGCUUCUGUGUCGGGAUGCUCUUCACUGACAGAAUGUGGACGGUGCCAGAAGCUAAGGGCAUAUCACGGCCUACACAGAUGGAGGAUGACAAGAUAAAGUUAGUUUCAGAGGGCUGUGAUACUGGAAUUAAGCACCCAGAAAGGGAAUCCCGGGAUAUUCUUAUGGAGGUUUCAAAGACACAAAACGCUAUACAAACUCUGGAUAAAACAAUAUCUAAUUUAGAGAUGGAGUUAGCUGCAGCAAGGGCUUUGCAGGAUUCUAUACUGACUGGCUCCCCGAUAUCUGAAGACUUGAAGAUCCCGGAAUUGAAUAAGAAACGAAAAUAUCUAAUGGUCGUUGGCAUAAAUACCGCCUUUAGCAGCCGAAAAAGGAGAGACUCUAUCCGUGCUACCUGGAUUCCCCAAGGGGAGAAACUAAAAAAGCUCGAGGAGGAAAGAGGCAUUAUUAUGCGCUUUGUAAUAGGACACAGUGCUACUUCUGGUGGCAUUCUUGAUCGAGCAAUUGAAGCAGAAGACAAGAAGCACGGAGAUUUCUUGAGACUGGAACAUGUUGAGGGGUACCUUGAGCUGUCUGCUAAGACAAAGACGUAUUUUGCUACUGCUGUUGCUCUCUGGGAUGCAGAUUUCUAUGUCAAGGUUGAUGAUGAUAUACAUGUAAAUAUAGGGACACUGGGAGCAACUUUAGCCAGGCAUCGUUCCAAACCCCGAGUAUAUAUUGGAUGCAUGAAAUCUGGUCCCGUCCUUGCACAGAAGGGAGUAAGAUAUCAUGAGCCCGAACACUGGAAAUUUGGUGAGGAAGGAAAUAAGUACUUCCGCCAUGCGACUGGGCAGCUAUAUGCCAUUUCAAAAGAUUUAGCAACCUAUAUUUCCAUAAACCAGAACAUGCUUCACAAAUAUACUAACGAGGACGUCUCUCUGGGAUCAUGGUUAAUCGGAUUGGAUGUAGAACAUAUAGAUGACCGAAGGCUGUGCUGUGGAACUCCACCCGACUGUGAAUGGAAGGCUCAAGCGGGGAACGUAUGCGUGGCUUCCUUUGAUUGGCGAUGCAGUGGCAUUUGCAAUUCGGUGGAGAGAAUCAAGGAGGUUCACCGUCGGUGUGGGGAAGGCGAUAACGCCCUUUGGAAUGCAGUGUUUUGAUAAUGCGGAUCCUCCAAGCUCUGGAGGCGUUGGAACUGAUAUCAAGAGUACAGUGUAAUGGCCAUUUGUUUCGGGGAAUUUUUCUGAAUUAUCAACCUGUAAAAUACGCGUCGAAAGAAGCAGUGAGACAGAGAGGUUGCUGUGGGAAUCUACUCCAUUUUAGGUAAGGAAAGAGAUGACUAUGGCAGCAGUCUACUAGAGGAGCAAAAAGUGUAAACUUACAAUUUCUUAGAUGUUUAGGAAACACAAAAAUUCUUUUAGUCUCUGAUUGGAGAGCUAGUGAAACUUGUAAUAAGUCUGUAUAAAUGCAGGCUAUGAUUUCCUGUUUUCACCUUUCA